AUGAAGAAGGUGUUUCUGCUCUUCCGGCUUCUGUUUCUGCUUCUGCUGAUCCCGAUCUUACCUGGAUUAAGACUGGACAGCUCGAAUAAGCAAAAUCUGGAUGUAUUAAGGCAACUUGGGCUAGGAAAUAUCGUCAAUUUACCCUUGUAUAGCGAUGCACCCCUAUCGCAUUAUGAUUUCAUAGUGGUUGGAGCUGGCUCUGCGGGCUGUACUUUGGCCUCCCGCCUCACGGAGAAUCCCAAAUGGAGUGUCCUCCUGAUCGAGGCCGGUGGUGUGGAGAAUUUAAUCCAUCAGGUGCCUGUGCUGGCGGCACAUCUCCAGAGCACAGCCUCAAAUUGGAAUUAUCGAUCGACACCGCAGCGUAAUGCCUGCUUUGGGAUGCACGAGAAGAAGUGUGCUUUGCCCAAGGGCAAGGUCCUUGGAGGAACCAGUUCCAUCAAUUAUAUGAUCUAUAAUCGUGGCAAUCGUCGGGAAUAUGAUGGCUGGGCGGCAGCAGGUAAUCCUGGCUGGAGUUAUAAGGAUGUUUUGCCCUAUUUCCUCCGCGCAGAGAAUGCCCAACUCAAGGGCUUUGAGCACUCGCCAUAUCAUAAUCAUAGUGGACCCCUAAGUGUGGAGGAUGUGCGUCAUAGGACGCGAAUUGCCCAUGCCUAUAUCAGGGGUGCCCAGGAGGCAGGACACUCCCGGGUGGAUUACAACGGAGAGACGCAACUGGGCGUUAAUUAUGUCCAGGCCACCACCCAAAAGGGCAGGCGGCAUAGUGCCUUUCGUGCCUAUAUACAACCGAUUCGGGCAAGUCGCAAGAAUUUGCAUAUAGUCACCUUGGCAAGGGUAACCCGUAUCCUCAUCGACACUCCCACCAAGACCGCCUAUGGCGCGGAGUUCACCCAUCAGGGACGAGUCUUUCGGGUGAAAGCCCGCAAGGAGGUGAUCCUCUCGGCGGGAGCCUUUAACUCCCCGCAGUUGCUAAUGUUGUCGGGUAUUGGUCCAGAGGAUAACCUUAGGGCUAUAGGGAUUCCCAUAGUCAAGACUUUGCCCGUGGGACGAAAGAUGUACGAUCACAUGUGCCACUUUGGACCCACUUUUGUCACAAAUACCACGGGUCAAACCCUCUUCAGUGCCAGCAUAGGGCCACCGGUGGUCAGUGAAUUUCUGCUGGGCAGAUCCGAUACCUUCCUCUCGAGCAUUGGCGGUGUGGAAACACUCACCUUUAUCAAGGUGCCUUCGGCCAAGACGGCCCCGGGAUUGCCAGAUAUCGAGUUAAUCCAAGUGGCCGGAAGUUUGGCCAGUGAUGAGGGCACUGCCCUUGCCCAGGGAGCCAACUUCAAGGCAGAGAUCUAUGAGAAGAUGUACAAGGAGUUGGCACUCCAGAAACGGGAUCAUUUUAGUUUUUUGAUCAUGGAUUUUAAUCCUGCUUCCGUGGGACGCCUUUGGCUGCAUAAUCGCAAUCCUUUGGAGUGGCCACGCAUUGAUCCCAAAUAUUUCUCAGUGCCAGCGGAUAUUGAACACUUGCUGGAUGGAAUUAAGGAGGCUUUGAGGAUCUCCAAAAUGCCAGCGAUGCAGGCCAUUGGAACCAGGCUUCUGGACAAACCAGUGCCGGGCUGUGAGGGACACAAAUUCGCCUCGGAUGAUUACUGGCGAUGCUCAAUUCGAACUUUAUCCUAUACUCUGCAUCACCAGGUGGCCACCUGUCGCAUGGGACCGGAAAGUGAUCCCACCAGCGUGGUUAAUCAUCAGCUAAAGGUUCAUGGCAUGAGGAGACUUCGUGUGGUGGACACUAGCAUAAUUCCACGACCAUCCACCGGACACACCAAUGCGGCGGCAAUUAUGAUCGGGGAAAAGGCAGCGGAUAUGAUACAAUCCGAAUGGAGUUGA